GUGGUGGCGUUCGGAACGAGAAGAUCUGCGUGUGUUUCGGCGUCCGCAUUUGUGAAUCUGUGUGUUGUAUUUUUUUUUAAGUUGAAAAUCCGUGGGCGGGGAUAUAGUCAAGCCGCCCUGCCACCCCCCCAAUAAAAAAAGGGCGCCAGCGAAUUCGUUAUUGAUUUUGAACCCCUUUUGGUGUGAUCGCGGCCACCGCCUCCUCUUCCUGGACGAAUUUUUGGAUCAUUUUUUGGUGUUAGUGGUUAGCCCCGCCCCCCUCCAUUUUCCUGUAGAUUAAUGACCUUUUGCAUCAGAUCAAAGCCAUGUCUGACCAACAUAUGCAACCGCUGCAAUAAGAGAGGCCCCCAAGCGCCAACGGCAAUAAAUCCUGCAAUAGUGUACUACAAUCUGCCUGUAAAUUUCUCGUCGUCCUCACAUUCCAGAAUCACGAAAGGGUGAAGAAGCGUCCUGAGGGACUUCUCUCUCCACACCUCUACCUGAACCAAAGAAUUGCUCUGCAAAUCACUCCCAGAUCACCGAGGAAGAAGGGUCCCAAAUGGCGACAUCUAGAUUCCACGCGCUGUUAUCCCUCGACGAUCUGUCACUGACUGACUGUGUGUGCUAUAAUUGCUUUGCUUAUAAGUGACCUUUGAGGCUUGGUGAGUCAUUAAGCCCCGUGCGUAGCUCAUGUGAUAAGUAGGAAAGUAGGCGACAGAAGUCCUUUCGUCAAGGAUUCUGAAUCGUUCGGAAAAGCGGCUUACGAAAAGAGCAAUAACAAUCGCCAAACCGUUUUCUUCCGUUGGAAUCUUCAGAACUGACAACAAGCGCUUGACAGGGCCACCACCACCAGCUGGAAGCUGUGGUACACUGGGUGAUAAAAAUCUCGUCACUUUCGCUGUUUGUUCUCCGAGAAAAGGGGACCUGAGCUCCUCAUGUUCUCCAGAUAGUUGAUUAGAUGUACGUUUAAGGGUAGACCCCUCUUGUCGUUUGUUAUUUGAUGAGAUUGUCCAGAUACUCUCCCAUACAGAUUUGUUACUUGUUAAUGAAUUAUUUUACUGAUCCAUCAGGUUUGUUGAUUGAAGUGCUUUUUUUAAAGUAGCUCGUAGUAAAACUUUGGCAUUUUUGUUCGACGAGAUCCGAGUGAUUUUUUUUCUAUACGAAGUUAUCCGUGUUGACAUUUUGUAUCGUGAGACUUGUAGCAUUGCAGAACGUCAGUGUAGCUUAGCCUUUUGAUGUUUUGAAACUGAACUUUGUGUGUUUGCCACCUUGGAAAAUUGUACUCCAUAAAUGUAGCUAAAAAGAGGCCUGAGAGAGCGACCGCUGUGCCAUAUGAAGUGAGUUAUUGGUACUUGCGUGAAAAGGAACAUCAUACUAGCUUUGCCAACAGCAGAAGAGACCUCAUUGCAUUGGAUUCUUUGACACCCAGGGGACCAACUGUGCUCUCACAGAAAGAGGCAGAUUCUCACAAAUCCCUAGAAAGCUCCGUAAGAUCAGAGGGCUCUGAAAGACUGAACGAACUGACAAUAAACCCUCAGUAGUUGCAUAACUUUUUUGUACUCGACUUCUUCCAAGUUCUGCUACGGAGAAGCAGCCAAGAUGGGCGACUCUAGCAGGGCUAGCACCCCGUCCUCUUCCACCACAAAUGCCAACACCAGCACGACGGCGUCCAACACCCGCCCCACAACGCCGAAGGAAGAGCGGCAUCAGCCAAAGAAGCUGAACAUUACCGGAGACAAGCCUUUGCCAAGCGCUAGCUUGGUAGUAGUCAACCCUAAAGGCAAGAUGCACGCCGGUCUCGUCAGCGUCAGCGACGGGAAGUCGAAGCCACAGCCGAUGAAGCUGAUCCUCACGUCCGAUUCGCUGGUCCUACAAAAAGAGCAGCUGGUCAUCAGCACGAAGACGCUGGAGUCGAACGGACCUGACGCCAGGAUUCGACGCGUGAAAGUGACCAGGCAGAGGUCCUCCGGGUUAGGACUCAGCAUCAAGGGCGGCUCGGAGCACAAACUCCCCAUCCUCAUCUCCAGGAUAUUCAAGGACCAGGCCGCCGACCUGACCGGGAAAUUGUUCGUGGGAGACGCCAUCUUGAAAGUCAACAACCAAUCACUCCUUCGGUGUACCCACGACGAAGCUGUGGCCGAACUGCGUCAGGCGGGGGACGAGGUUCUCCUGACGGUGCGGCAUUACAAGGCAGCUACGCCCUUCCUCAACAAACCUGACGACAACAGUUCGACGGCAGACAGCCCAGCCUCCCAGCUCCGGCCGGAGGACGGCUGGCGUUCGCCUUCGAUGCCCACGACCCCGACCACGCCCUCGGCCGCCCACAACCCCCUCUCGGCGAAGAUCAGCAACCAGACGGACUCCUCCCUCGUCUCCAACAACGGCACCAUCGCCACCGAUUCCUCCUCCACGACCACCAACAACCUCAACAAAGUCAACAACAGUCGGAACGAAGCCAUGAUGAACAGCACGAACGCCGCCACCGACGAGACCAACAACACGAACAACGGACCCAAGGUCGAGAAGCAGUGGGUCGACGUCGUCACAGUGCCUCUGAUGAUGGCUUACAUCACGCGGUAUAUCUUCGGAACGGACAAGCUCCGACCUCAGGCCUUCGAGGUGCGGGGCAUCAACGGAAUCAGCACGGGGGUCGUUCACUGCGAGGAUGCCGCCAUGCUCUCUCAGUGGAUCAAGCACAUCACGAACAACAUCAUCGGCCUCACCAACUUACAGAUGAAGCUCUAUAACUCCAGCUUCCCGGCUUCAGAACACGUCCUGUACAUGGGAUGGGUCUGCGAGGGGGUCCUCAAUCAGAACCUCCCCUGGCAGAACUGGAAGCCCAAGUUCAUCGCCCUCAAGGGAACCGACAUAUACAUGUUCGACACGCCUCCGCUCAACACCCACGACUGGCUGGAGAGGGCAUCGGUGUGGGCGGUGCACCAGACGAUGUUCCGAAUCAUCAAGGAGUCCGAGUACGUGGAUGAGAGACAGCACUGCUUCCUGCUGCAGACGGCCAUGCAGGAGUCCAGGUACCUGAGUGUGGAGACCCGGCAGGAGCUGCUCAGGAUAGAGAACGCCUGGCACCGGGCCGUCUACAACGCUGUCACCAGACUCGGGAGCAAAACGUUCGCAGUGACGCAAGCGGGGAGGUCUUCGGGGCUGACGCUGGACUGGUCAGGAGGGUUCUCGUUGUACGACACCGAGACCAGGGAGUACCACUGGCGGUACAAGUUCUCCCAGUUGAAGGGUUCCUCCGACGACAGCAAGACGAAGCUCAAACUGCACUUCCAGAACGACACAAAAGAAAUCGAAACCAAGGAGCUCGAAUGCGCCACCAAUCUCCAAAACCUGCUCUUCUGUAUGCACGCCUUCCUGACGGCGAAAGUGGCAGCCGUCGACCCUUCCUUCCUGAGGGCACCUCCGAAGACGCCCUCGUAGUUCCCUGCACCACUGUCAGAAGACAGACACACACACACGCCCUCAGACGCCCAAGUUGAGAGGUGAACCACAUUAGAAGAAGUCAAAGAGACCGUUGCACUUGUAGCCUGCAGAUUUCACCUUUGGAAUCGAACAAAACCGCAAUAGUCUCCUUCAGCCUCCAUCUCGUAGUCUCCUCCCACUUCCGAUUCAAACGAACCAAUCGUCAAACAACCUUCAGUGUUUCGCCUUUCCGUCUCUCAUCAGUCAAUGGCACUUCGCCAUUCGCUUGGAACUGGAUCCACCGCUCGGCCAAUAGGAGUUGUACCUCCAGAGUCUCAUGCCCAUAGUACUUUUGUCAGAGAUAGUUGUAGUUGUCAAUAUAAUGGAAUUUCAAGGGCCAUAGUCCAGGAAUUUGCGAGGUAAGUCGUCUGAAGACCAGUUAUUCAAACGGGAGAGAUUUCAUUAUCGCCAGCCAAAUAUUCACUUACAAUCCACUUACCAAUCCUUCUUGGCAGCUGAGGGCUAUCCUGAGCUUGUUACAGUUGAUGCCAGAUAGGUUAUUCUCACAGUAAUUCUUCUGAAUUUCAGUCAAAUACAUUAAAAUAAACUUUAAAUAAUUAGAAGUUGAGAAGAAUGUCCUUUUUUUCCUCAUCGCUGUUGUACUAGCUGUCAAAAGGGGUUGGAUAGUGUGUGGUUCUGACAUCAGGCCUUAUGUAGGAUGGAUUUAAUUUGCAAACAUUUGUUCGGCUCUUCUGUUUUUGGCCUCUGGUCUGUGAAAAGAAAGGAGUUAGUUUGGGGGGAGAAUUUGGGUCCAUUCUUAUUCGUAAGUGGCUGAAAUCUAAAAUAAGAUAGUUUUUUUGGCCCCUUAUUAAGAUUUGAAUUACACACACACACACACACACA